UUAUGGAGCACAAAUUAAGGAAUAUUGUGUUUGUAAUUUUCUUUGCAUUGUUUGCUACUUCUGCCAAUGCCACUAUCACAAUACCUCCAAUAACUCCAAUAAUAUGUUCUAAAUUUCCACAUCUUCUAAAACUAUGUCCGUCUCCUCCACCUCCCCCUCGUUCCCCGCCUCCACCAUCACCGCCACCACCGUCACCGCCUCCACCUUCACCACCUCCACCGUCACCGCCUCCACCACCACCCCCACGUUCCCCGCCACCACCCUCACCUCCACCCCCACCUUCACCUCGACCGCCUCCACCACCUAAACCUAGACGACCUCCGCCACCACCUCCACGUUCUCCUCCUCCGCCCCCACCUUCACCUCCGCCGCCUCCACCACCUAAACCUAGACGACCUCCACCACCACCUCCACGUUCUCCUCCCCCGCCACCACCUUCACCUCCGCCGCCUCCACCACCUAAACCUAGACGACCUCCACCACCACCUCCACGUUCUCCUCCUCCGCCACCACCUUCACCUCCG